GGGUGAAAUCAGCUGUUCAAUAUUGACAAAAAAUUUCCAAAUUACUUCCAAUUGGACUUGCUUUAUUUAGGAAUCAAAAGGAGAAUGUUAAUUAAAUAAUUAGAUUGUGGCUAAAAAGAAUCGGCAAUAAGGUUUUGUUUACUUGAUGAGAAAUGCCCUUCUACAGCACAUCCAUUAAACGUGUGUUGGACAACUGGCCGGGUAAAAAACGUUUUGGCAUAUAUAGAUUUUUACCACUCUUCUUCUUCCUUGGUGCGGGUUUGGAGUUUUCCAUGAUAAAUUGGACUGUGGGAGAAACCAACUUUUAUCGAACAUUUAAAAGACGACAAGCCAAAAAUUUGGUUGAAGAUAAAUUACAUUCGAUUCAACAGCAGUCAUCAAAGGAAACCGUUUAACUUUGAAGCUAUAGCACAAUGCCUGCUGGAGUUGGUUGGGGUCAGUAUAUAAAAUUCUUUACUUGUGCUAUGCUUUCCAUGAUGGCUGGCUCCCAAUUGGUUCACUACUAUUACAAGCCAUUACAAGAUCUAGACGUUUAUAUCGACAAUGAGAUGAAAAAUAUUGGCAGUGCAGAGAAAGACAAAAUAAAAAUAGCAACAAGUUAAAAUUUUACAUUA